AUGAAUGCAGACGACGUGCUUGACAUCCUCUACUACUAUUGGGUCCUUAGCGAUGAAUAUUAUCCGGAGGAGCGGCAGCGGGUUCAGCACGCGGCUUUAAAUCUUUUCUGCGCAUCGACCACAUCACGUGCCGGUACUAUAGUUGAAUCUAUCGGAUAUCUCAAGCAGAAUCAGGCUGUUGAAUAUAGAGACAUUCAACUCUACGCUCUUCAAGAUAAGGGGAACCCGGGUAGUGUGAAACUGGGCAUGCUUAUCACGCUACGACUCCUUAAAGGUAGACGAAAUCGUGGGAAUCCACCGCUGAUCAAAUUUCUGGAGCGACAGGAUGUUCCAAGUUUCUGUUUGAUCAAAGUUAUCUGCGGAUUAGCACUCAAGGACAAAGCCUUUGCGAGCAAGUAG